AUGCCGCCGACUGCAGAGGCCAGUGUGACUGAUCUACUGAAGCAUCUGCGCUUCCACAUCUGCCAUGACAUCAGGAGCAAUCUGCGGCACCUUUCGCCGAUCUAUCAGCGUCUUCUAAGCCCUAAUGAAGGCUCUAGCAACUUGGUGCAUCGUAAGCUACUGGGCGUUCGCACCAAGCUUUUAUCGUGCAGUCCACUUCCACUCGUAUUGAAUGUUGUUGGCCGCAUGGAUCAACUUGUUGAGCGCUGCUUGAAUCUUGAAGAUCAGCAAGACAAGCAGCAGUGUAGAGAAGGUGCAGUUUCAAUCAGCGAAGUGAUGCGUCUGCUGGUAGCCUUAGCAGGUGGAGACAAUGGAGAGACGUUUGUGCUUGAAGACCCCAUGCAGGUCUAUGCAACUGGGAAGAAGCGAAUCGGCGACUGUAUCCGAAUGAGUGAUAUCAAGAUGGUGCAGUGCGCCAACGCGCUUUUCAGUAAGCCACCAGCGUCACUAGAUGAGAACGUACUUUUCUCGCAAAACUUGUUCGAUAAAUUUGGCUAUGGCAUAUCGGACCAACAUACCAGCCUGUGGUGCCCCGGCUCAAGUGUUCUUGAGGACAAAGGACUUCUUGACAUGAUGCCAUCUCAGCAGCGCGAUCGUUUCUUUGGCCUUCCUGGCGCUCCACCAGCUCAGAACAGUAUUGACAGCGAUUUGAUGCAAACGCGUGACUCGACAUCCGUUAAGCCUGUGGGGUGCACGACAGGUCUGCCGCCUACGAACGAAGUGUUUUUCUUUGACAGCACCCAGGAGGUUCACUGCGGAUGGUUAGUACAACCUGCAGACUGGGGAAGUGCGACCGAGACUUCGUCGUCGUACUCAGAUAACUCACUUGAUUCAGCUGAGACCUGGAUAGCACGGACCUACGCGUGGGAGGAUCUCGGAGAUCGGACGGGAUUAUCGGAAGGUUACUGCAGGCCAUCGAGUUGCAAUGGAACAUGGUCACUGCGUGAUCUGGAAAUUCCAAAUGAGUUUGUCGGCAAGUGUUGUGCUGAUGAAAAAAUGCUGGAAAUUCAUGAAGUAGACCUCGUUGAGGAUUUAUUGCGAGCAUUGAGUGGCAUCGACUCGACAAUCCUCCGUCGACACUUUCAGUCCGCGACUUUCCAGUUGCCUGGAAAGCACAUCCUAAAGCUCCGCAACGCCACCGUAUCGUCUACACUAUCUGUUCUAGAGGUGUUUCGUAAAGCAGGCACCGUAGUCAUGCGAAUCGAACUGCUAGCCAUCUAUUAUUCUCAGGAUCCUGCGAGGGGAGGAAAAACGCUUCAGGCAAUGGGAGAUGCCCUCCAGGUAUAUCUGUCAACGCACCGGACCUUAGUGGAAAGCAUAGCACAAGACUGCCUGGUCUCGUCUGAAGUAGUAUCGGUCGCGAAGCUUCUAAGCAAGACUAGCAAGAUGUGCCGCUCCUUAGCAAGUAUCGGGCACGUGUUUGGCUGCGACGACGACGUGUUCUGGCCGUUGCUGCAGCAAGGUACAUUUCCUCGAGGGGUUGCACUCCUCGACCACUUGCACCUCCAUGUGUCUUCCCUAUGUGUGGAAGACGCCUUAGGACACGUACGCGAGUUGGUGACCUGGUUUCUCGUCAAAGCCUGUUCUCCGCUGCUGGCUGUGCUUUCUGACCUCAUCUCGUCAGGGAAGGUUGACCAAAUGACGGAUCUGUUCGAUGAGUUCGAUGUUACGACGUGGAGCAGACGCUCGCUGGAAAAAGCCAUUGCACGAGGAGGGGACGGACUGUUUAGCGAUGAACUAACGAGCGAGGCUGUCCAGACACUACCGGCGUUCCUGGAGAAUAUUGCGCCCUCCAUUGUCCACCUUUGCCAGAUCCAAGCACUCUUACGGAGCGUAAAUGUCAUUUCUUCGACCCACCCGCUGGUUAAUAUGCAACCCCUUGUCUUCAUUUCCAGCAGCAGCAACGCUACUGAGCACGCGGAGAAGUGGCAAUCAGUCAUGGACAAAACAAUGCCAUUUCGAGAAGACGUUGGUAUCCCACAUGCAGUCAGAAUGGAAUCUCACAAGGACAUGUCGGAUGUAACGCUUGCUGCAGCUGAAGAAUUACUGGAACAAAGCAUUGAUAUCGAAGCUCGACGCUCCCAGUCGCAGCGAACAAGUAUGCUGGACGAGCAAAUGUUGGAAGUGAAGCAAGGGCGUUUCCGAUUAGCGCAGGAGAAGAAAGCUAAUGAUGUGGGGCUAGUCGAGAGCGAAUCAGAUGCGGACAAGGAGGCCGACGUUCGUGAGGUUUGUCUUAAUAGCGGCAUAUGGAACCGAUCGGCGAUCAAUCCCACGAACACUGCGGUGGAAGCAAAUGAUGAAACAGGCGCGCGUUCGCGUGCUUCCAGUGGUGACGAAGACGCGAUGACUUCUCGAAUGAGAUCCACGGAUGGCGGCUUCUGGCUGGCUUCUGUAAAACCAAAUAUGGUACAGGAAAACUGUAGCGUCAAUUCAGCUGAUGGUGGUGUUCAAGGCGAAAGCAUCCCGGUGAAUGAUGAAGUCAAUUGUGCAGCGGUAAGCGCGGCAGAAGGUGUCGAGAUGGUGUUGAGCGAUCGACCAGUGGAUCAAACAGGUAAUUCACCGUCGGAAGAUCCACCGCUAGAAGACCACGUUAGUGAAGCCCAUCGACAGCAAAACGCGGGAGGCGAGUGGGACGAUAAGCCCUCAUUGAACGCGAGCGAGUUUAUGGAGAAGGUUGCUGUAAACGCAACACGAGCAUCACUCCCUCAGGUGCACCCAUUCUUUUCGACUACUGUUCCCCAGGACGACAUCGAGGUGUUGACACGUGCAUCGUCACCUGAGGAUACUUCUGAGGCCAAUUUUACUUCAUUUUCGUCGAUUGUCAGCUGUUGCGUGGAGAUACCCGUCCGUCUGGUUGCCCAUAAACUGGAACAGGUGGCAGUGAGUUGGUUUCGCGAUUCGUUGCAGGUGCUUGAGCACCUCCGUUGGCUACGUAAGUUGAUGCUCAUGUCAGAAGGCCUCUGCAUGGAUAUCUUCGCACGCGACUUUCUUGUUGGUUUAAACCCAACCACGCGCGUGAACUGGGGGGUCGAAGACCGUCUCUCAUCAGCUCUCGCUCUUGCAAUGAUUGAGGGCUGCGUGUCAAUGGAUGCCAUGGCACAGAAUUUCCGUUACACGUCUACCCCAGCUCUAUCCCAAUUAUUGAGUAGUCCGACCAUGGCUCCUGCUGUGACCCGUUUACUCAGUGAGAUCGAGUUAGUCUACGAUGUUAACUGGCCACUGGGUUCCGUGAUCACCACCCGCUCGCUAAAUGACUACAAGCAAAUGCACCAGUUCCUUCUCCACGUGAGACUGACAUCCGUGGAAAUGAAAGAAGCGUGGAUGAUUCUACGCUCCGUCCGCCAGCAGCUGUCAUUAGCACUCGAGCGAUUCUGCGCAAAUGCGGUCUACAGAAUGCAGGUUUUUCUCCAUGUAUUUCACGAGGCUUUUGCAACAAAGGUGAUCAUGACAGCAUGGACAGAGCUCGAGCGGUUGUUACAGAAAGCAACGACUCUGGUUGAUCUCCGCCGCUGCCAUGAAGAAUAUGUAUCCAUUGCAUAUCACUGCUGUUUCCUGGACACGCCUGCCGUCGAGAUUCGCUCGGCUCUAUCUGCCGCUUUUGCAGCAGCCUGGAAGUUGACAACAUUCCUGCGUGGUUUGAAGCGACAAAUGCCAGGAAGAGCUUCAGUGGAGACUCCCCUGCGCGCACUAUGUGAUGAUCUCGACACCACUCUCGAAACACUGGUCGGCAGUCUGCGCAACGUCGCUCGAAAUGCAGAACAGAACACGCGGGAGUUUUCAGAAUGCCUUCUGCUCCGGGUCGACUUCAACCAGUAUUACUCCACACGUACCCCAGUCGCCGACAGCAGCUGCAACAGCACCAGCGUAGCAGACUAG